CAUCAAUAUAAAAGAUCAGUUUCCAGUUUCCAAGUAGUUUUCGUUUUGUAUUGCCGAAGUGAAAUUUCAAAUGCAAGUCUAAAUAGAUAUUGCACUUUCUGGGUAACAAAAUUACAAAAAAAUCACGAAUAUGGCUUGUAACUGUACAAACCCUUUUUAUGGUCUCCCUCUCCAAAACGUUUCGUGCAAUGUAGCAUCAUCAGUUAUGUUUAUGACUCUUGUCAAUAAUCUUCUUCGAAAUCAAUGUGAUAUCUCGGACGUGUGCGGAAGAAUAAGGCCAACUUUAAAUCCUGAUAACUCAUACGACUUUAUAGUAGUAGGGGGUGGUGGUGCAGGGUCAGUAGUAGCUGGAAGACUCAGUGAAAACCCGCAUUGGAAAGUUCUGCUUAUAGAACAGGGCAAUGAUGAACCUGUAGGAAGCCAAGUACCCAGUUUUGCUUUCAGUUUCCUGGGAAACAGUGAUGUAACCCUCUCCUAUCCUACAGAACGUCAAGCGAACGCCUGUCGUCAAAACCAAAACAACCAAUGUAGCUAUGCCCGAGCAAAAGCACUUGGAGGGUGCGGGGUUGUAAAUGGAAUGACAUAUAUGCGUGGGGUACCGAGAGAUUACGAUUAUUGGGCCGAAUUGGGUAACACAGGAUGGAGCUACGACGAUGUUCUACCAUAUUUUAUUAAAUCGGAAGACAAUGGUAAUAUUGGUACCUUAACAAGCACUGAGUAUCACGGAGUUGGGGGUCCGUUGAGAGUUGAAAGGUUUCCUUAUGCACCACCUAUAGCUCAAGACAUUCUCGCAGCAGCCAGAUCUGUUGGUUACGAAACUCCAAACGACCUUAAUGCAGAUGUUCUCGAAGGAUUUGUAAUUACGCAGCAUAUGAAUAAAAAUGGUACUCGUCACAGCACAGCUCGAGCUUACCUUCGUCCUGCAAGAGCCCGACCAAACCUUCAUAUAAUGUUGAACUCUACAGCAACAAAAAUUAAUUUUUCUCAAAGAAACGGAUUAGCAGUGGCCAAAUCUGUCGAAUUUUCUUAUAACGGUCGACGUUACAAUGUCAGCGUUACAAAAGAAGUAAUAGUAUCAGGUGGGACUAUCGGUUCUCCUCAAUUACUUCUAUUGUCUGGUAUUGGUCCAAGAGCUGAUUUAGAAGAUGUGAACGUUACUGUGGUUCGAGACCUUCCAGGUGUCGGUCAAAAUUUUCAAAACCACGUUUCAUUACACGUACGGUUCAACUUGACAAAAGUCCUAGAUACAAAUCUGCUGACAAGGGACUCCGUAAAUCAAUAUUUAAGGCAACAUGGCGGUCCUUUGUCCUCUACAGGAGUGUCACAAAUUGGUGCUCGGUUUUCAACGUCUGAAAACCGCGAUCGAAAUUGGCCGGACAUGCAGUUUUCUUUUGGUGGUUACGUCGCGGAUUGCGCUUAUGGUAAUGGUUCGGCCAAUUCACCGACCGAUCCCAAUCAGCCCAAUAACACCAGAACUUUUACCAUUAAUAUAACCUUGCUUAGAGCAAAGAGCAAAGGUUAUAUUAAGCUGACUUCCAACGAUCCAAGUGGAAGACUGAUUAUACAGCCGAACUAUUUAGAAGAGGAUUACGAUGUUAAAGCUAUUAUUUCCGGAAUAAGAACGGCUAUUAGAGUAGGAAGUGCCGACAUUUUAAAAGAAAAGUACGGCUCUGAACUGGUACGGAAUCCGCAUGGAAACUGCUCAACUCUUUAUCAAUUUGGUACCGAUGAUUUCUGGGAAUGUGCGGCUAGAUAUAGCACUGAUGCCCAAGCCCAUUUGGUUGGAACGUGUAAAAUGGGACCUCAAUCUGACACAUUGGCCGUUGUUAAUCCUGAAUUGAAGGUUUACGGAACUUCUAAUGUUAGAGUAGCUGAUGCGUCAGUUUUUCCUGAGAAUGUGGCUGGAAAUACUUUUGCUACUGUUGUUCUUGUAGGCGAAAGGGCAGCCGACUUUAUUAAAAAGGACUGGUCGUAGUCCAUUGUAAAUUUCGAAAAGAUAUAUAUACAAAUUACCGCUGUUUGUGGAUAUGGAUUAGCUACAAUUUUAAAAACUUAAUAUAAAUAAAUAUCAUGGCAAUUU